GGCAUAUUCUUACGAUCAAAAUCAGCAACAGUAUUUGGCACCUCCUGGGACGCAACCUUCCGAUUAUACUAGCUUUCAAUACACAGCUCCAAGCAAUAAUACUCAACCAUACUCUCAAUAUCAAACAUUAUACUCAUAUUCUGCCGCUUCUCCUGGAAAUCCGUCUGCACCGACACCUACCUAUCCUCCAGGAGUAACACCGCCGCCUGCAUCUAGUUUUCAACCGAAUCCUCCAGGAGUUGCACCUAACUCUUCAUGGUACUCCUCAACAAUACCAACAUCGGUGCCGUAUCAAAAUCCUGUCUAUACAUCAUUUGACCCCAAUGUAUAUUAUCAACCGCAAUUCGGAAUUUAUCAAAACACCAAUCCAAUAACAGGGACCUAUCCUACGUAUUCUACAGUUAACGUACCAGACGCUUCUACUUUCGCACAAAAUGUUGCCCAGCCAACAUAUCCCAUUGCGCCGUCAUCGGAUCCCGUAGCAACAUCAAAUAAUGCUACAAAAAAUACAGUUGGAAAUGAAGAAAAGUCAAUUAAUAAUGUAGAGGUUCAACAAACAUCUGGAUUUUCAAGUGUAAAAGUAAACCCAAGUAACGAUACUAAUACCGGUGCUGUUGACUUAAAAUCAA